CCUCAGUGCUAUUUGCAAUUUCAUACCUCAGUAGUACACUUUAAUAAAUGCGUCGGCAAACAAUAAAAGGUGACUUCCUCUUUUCAAGUUCCCCACCAAAUGACCUUUGUUCGACCCCCCUUUACUGCACUUGGGGCAAGAUGGCGGGCCGCGGUACGCUAGAGACAGUGGAGUGGAUCGACUACAGGGAUUUUAGCCCGGAGGAGUUUCUCGAAGAAGCCAAUGACUUUCCCCAGAUGGUGCAAAUAAGCGAGGGUUUCUACGGAGACGGAGAAAUGUGGAGUUUCUCCUCGGGACAGAUCUUUAAGAUCCACGGCGUCAAGACGCAGGAGAAAGUGGUGACCACGGUAGAGGGAGGGCGCGACACACCCGGAAGUAAAGUUGAGAAACUUCACAUCCCCCUCAACUAUGGGGGGUAUUUUGAAGUUUUACCGUCAGAACAAGAAGGUACAGACGUUGUCUACAACAGUGUAAGAGAGGUGGCGAAGAACUUUCCACGCUUCGUUUGUGUGGAUACGGACAUGUCCGUCACAAGUGAUAUGGGAGGGGUUCGGCUGCACCGCGGGGACCAGUUAGAACUGUUGGAAAACGCCAAGCGACCCACCAAGACUGGUCUGAGACCCUUUCUCAAGUGCCGCGUGAACGAUGACAAGGAGUGCUUCCUGCCUCACGAAUGCCGGGGAAGGUUUCUGGUGAUUCCCGACGAGAAUUCGUACACCAUCUCAGAGAUCAUAAAAAGGUUCCCCCUCCCUCGGCGUGUGCAGUUCUACGGCGGGUACAUCAACUACUGCUCCCCGGAGGUCAUGCAGUCGCUGGGGUACUCGUUCGAUGGCAUCCUGCGCUUAGAGGGGACCACGCUGGAGAAGUACCUCGUCGCCACCACUCAGGGUCUCACCCAAAAGACCAACGAAAACAAGAAAGAUCUCCUGGUUAUGCCUAUCAAGGCGAAAAUCAAGUUUUUAGUCGCCAAGGGACUGUUCGAACGAAGCUCCGAGUAUGAAACAGUUUUGACAGCCUUCAGUCGUGACUUUGACGUAGACAGGAUGUCGGAGCACCCGUACAUGAGUUUUGAGUUCGCCCCCCUGACGUACCCCGACGAGGAACCGCCGCCACCCCCAGCUCGGGGCCAGUGCGAGGAGCCGCCCGUGCCCGGAGCAGACGAGGCUCCGCCCAAUGUGGACCGCUCCAGCAAGCCGGACAGCCUCGUGAGAGAGUUAACUACUCCGCGAGCAUCAACAUCUUCACAAGCUGAAUCAGAGAACUACGAUUAUGACAGUAAUGAGGAAGACUAUGAGACCAUAUCGGACGAUGACUAUGAUAGCGUGCCGGAGGGCAUAACACCUCCCGUAAAAGGAGAAACCAGACCUGCAAUACCACCAGAAGAGGGAGAAUACGAAUACAUCGACGAAGACAGGUGCACUUCGCCUGGCGGCGCUGCUGCGGCUGACUCAAGGCAGAAGGCACCCCAGGCCCAGGCCCAGCAAAACCCUUUGGCAACGGAACUCAAAAAUCUGUUCUCCCAGCGUCCACCACCCACCAAGACAACAACUCCUAUCCGCCAAGAUCCACAUGUCAGUAAAGGACCACCUCCCAUACCAUCCGUGGCACAAGCAGCGCUUCCUCCUUUCGGUGGAGUGAAAUUGCCAACAUCACCAAAGCCUACUUCAAGUCCAACCAGCACAGGAAAAGUUGCACAAAGCCACAAAUCCGCUUCCCCCAAGACCCCUAUCCCUAAACCUCCUGUUGCGCCAAGACGAAAAACAUCAUCUUCCUCAGAUAUAAAAUCGGUUGAAGGCUCGGCCAGUCCUAGCCAGCCGCACAAGCCUGACCCGGGCACAAAGCCAUCAAAAGUGACGGGUCGGGUCUCACCACUGCGGGCAGUUAAACCUGUGGGAACUGAAGUUAAAGCUGAAGACAAGAAAGAAGAAGGCGAACACAUUGGCGUAAUCCACAGUGCACAGAGGAAAGCAGCAAGUGGGCAAAGAGAGACGUUCUCCAGUCUGAGUGAUGUGCCGGCAAACCUCUCCCAACUGUCCAUCAAGCAAGUCAGCAACUGUCUCCAGCUGCUCAACAUGGCCGAGUAUGUCCCAAGAUUCGAGAGGGACCAGGUCGACGGGAACUUGAUGUGUGAGCUGGACCGAGAGAUGCUGACAGAGAUGGGCGUGUCACGUGUCCACAGCAUGAAGCUCAAGAAAUUCAUCAAGGGAUGGCGGCCAAACGCAGAUAACUGAGUUUCGGUGACUAUUUUAGAUGUUCAUGGAAGCUCAUCUGUGUUGGUAGUUUUCACAGUACAUUUUAAGCUAAACUUUCUUCCAACACAAAGUUAUACACGGAUCAAAUUUUCAACGACUACUGUUGCCUUCGUCAGGAUCAAUAAUGAUCCUAGCACGUUUGACCAAUUGCUGACGUCACGUAUCCGAAAGAUCACGUGUCAAGACCUCUAGCUAAACUUAAGUCAUAAAUGAAGUCAUAGUCGGCGAGAAAACGACAAUGAACAGUACUAUAUAGCUAGUUACCUGAUUUCUAACUAAAGUGAUGAGUUUCAAAAAGAGAAUUGUUUCAACUCGGCUGCCUUAUCACACAUACCUAUUUUAUUGCUUGUGUUCUCGACGUUACAGUCAGACUGCAAUCAUGCAUUAGAACUUGAUGUAUAUGUAACGCUAUGAAUUCGGAAACUAAUGUACAUUGUCAUGAAUUGAUAGUAAAAAUCAGUCUUGGCAGUUCAUAUUUCUACAAUGUAUAAUUAUUAGCAACACAUUUUAGAUCUGCACAUAUCAUAUGCAGUAUCCGUAAACAGCAUAAUAUUACAUAUAUGCGGCUGUACAAUGAAUUAUUUGUAUACCUGUUCCAUUGGUGCUUAUUUCCUAUUAUAUUAACGCUCCGCUGCAUGGCGCAGAAUUAUUGGUCAAGUUCCAUAUAUACAUAUUUAUCAGAGCCGUCCCAUACCGCACGCAAAUUAUAAAGUCAUACCUUGAUACCCUGCGACCAUGGAAUGUAAUGACUAUGCUGAUGAGAGUACCAAUACAAUAUGAAUAUGCUUUAUGUUCUGUUGUAGUGUCCUCAACUAUUCACAUGAAAGUAAAUAUGUUGAUAAGCAUCCUUUGUCAUUUCUAAAAGCAACCAUUGAAUGAUAAAGAAAUCGUGAUUUUUUAAAUAAACGGAUACAAGACGGAAGAUCCUGAAUUUGUCUCUGACAGCCUUAGCCUUUUUUCUGUCCCAUGGCACUUUCAUUUUUCUAUGUCCUUUCAAUGAAUAAAACACAGGUACAAUUUCA